CCAGCAGACCAGGAUAUCGUCCACUCUUAACUUCUAUCAUAACAGCACAUGCAGAGACGUGAUACCCUAUAUUAAAGUUCUAACUCGCAUGGCUACAGUAGCUAUUUUGAGCCCGGCAACAAAAGCGGAAAGUUCCGUGUUAUUUUGUUUGUUCCGUAAGCGGUAUCUAUAGGGCAUAUCCUUGCGUGCACGUCGUAGUCGGCCUGGUGUACAUGAAAGCCGAUAGGCAGCAAGGUCAAACCGCAUCCUGCGGCAUGGAAGUUAGCGUCGCAUGAACGGCCGCAUAAAAUUUAACAGCUUCUACAUCUAAUGCUUGGUAGCCAUCUGCUUCAACGCCGUACGCCGCUUUCGCCAGUUGGCGCUCGCCACAAUCGUUAUCCUCGAGGUUGCGAACCACCUGGAAUGCGCCCAAGCGGUGGCCUUGUCAGCCCUUCAACAACAUCUAUGACGGCGCAUCGUGGGCCCCAGGCGUUCCAAGCUCAGAGGGCACUUGCUUCAGCAACCAGCGACGAUUCCCAAUCCCCGGAAGAGCCCUUGACCGUAAGCCGUACUCAGCGUCGCCAGGCACGCCCGCGACGUAUUCUGCUAUCUGAUGACGAAGAGGAUGGUGCCGGCGAUGGGGGACCAGCGCCGUUGGCACCUUCAACCCAAACUCACAUUAGCAGUAGCCCUGACCAUGCCAAGUCACCUGCGCCGAAACUCCUGGCAGGCGGCAGCCCGCGGCCCCAGGCGGUUUCUCCGGUGAUUUCCUUGGCCUCCACAAAGCAGGAACAGCAGCAUCCUCUACAAAACGUCACGAAUAUGCCUGAGAUGCAGUCCAGGUGCAGUCCAGGCGCACGCCCAACAUCCCUGCUCAACGGAGGCAGCUGCAGCAGUAGGAGUCCCAAGCUUCCCGGCAGUGCUGCAACGAAGGCAGGUUCGGCUCAAGGCAGCAAGCAGGGCAUCCUGGAGCUCGCAGCCCUCCUCAGUAACGCCCGCAUCCAAAGCCCCUGGAAAGCUGCCACCAGCGGUGGAAGCGGCCUUCCGCAGCCGCAGCCUGAGCUACAUAGCCGCUCUGGUUCCGAUUCUGGCUGCAUGGAAGCACAGCACCCUCUAUCACAACCUCAGCCGCAAGGCGCCCGCUCGCCUCCAGCUUCUCCACGGCAAAGAAGCACAGGAAAGGUCGCCCAGAGAGGCCUCAACCGUGACGACGAAGAAGACGAUGAGGAGGAGGCGCCGCUCACCUUCGCCCGCAGCGUGCGUGUCAUCCGGAGUCGCCGGCGUGUACUGGAGGACGAGGAGGAUGAAGAGGACGAGCAUGCGGUGGACGGAGGGGUAAAGCCGGCGACGAGUGGGUGUCUUGACAGCAGCAGCAGCAGCGGGCAUGACGCGGGGUGCGUGGGGACGCCAUCACUGCUGGUACCGGCUGCUAUUGCUGAUGCUGCUGUCGCCGCCUCUGCCGACCUUGUGCCAUCUGGGUCACCGCACUCCCCAUCUGGGUCAGGUGAUACCCCAUCUGGAUCAGGUACCCCAUCUGGGUCAGGUGAUACCCCAUCUGGGUCGCCCGGCUCUUGCUACAGCAACCUCGGCAGCGCUCAAGACAGCUUCUAUUCGGCAGACAGCGGCGAGGGAAAGCCAAGUCCCAGCCUUCCUGUGGCCGCACCUGCCCUGUCUGCUGCCGUCGGUGCAUCCAGCGCGCUCACUUGGGGCACUGCUGCGGGCAGCAUCAAGGACUUGCCCGAGCCUCUCUCCAAUCCAAGCGCUGAAGAAGACACAUCAGCAUCAAAAGCACAUGUGCCAAGAGCGGAGUCCGGACUGCCGGCGUUGGCCACGGAUGCACCAUCUGCGAAUUGGCAGCAGCAGCUGGCGCGGGUGCCCCGGCGGCGCCAGGGCCGGUCGGGACGCGAAGCAGCUGGUAGAUCCGUCCUUGGACUGGCCCCUGCCUCGGGCCUGCAGACUGGGGCCGGCACCGGCUCCUCGGGUCCAGGAACAGAUGACGUCGGAGAUGACGGGCUCAUGUACGACCUGUACGGCGAGCUGUUGCUUGCGGAGCAGCUGAGGGGGCUGUCGCUGCGUGCCGGCGUGGCGGCAGACGGCCUAGCCGUGGAGGCGUUGGAAGGCGAGGAGGAGGAGGCAGAGGAGGGCGAGGUGGGAGAGCAGCAGCAGCCACUGCUGCAGGCUGACGUCGGGGAUGGUGGUGAUGGUGCGAAGCUGCAGGAGGCUACGGAGUCGGCUGAGUGGCUGUCACCUCCCUCCUCGGCAGUGGGUUGGGACCGGGCGCAGGGAGCUGAGCCGGAAGAGGAGACGGCACAAGCAGGCGGCCCCUCCUUAACGGGCGGGGAUUCGGGCUGGGGGAGGGGUGCGGCAGGUGCGAGUGGAGUCACACGUCAGAUGGUAGACCUCACGCUGCUCAGUAGCCCCGAGGAGGCUGGGAAGACGGGGAAGGAGCGACGCGGUAACGUUGGAAGCAGCAGUGGGACCAGCAGUGGCAGCCAGCUGACGACCGGCUUGCAGCGAGGUGGUGUUGGGGGCAGCAGUGCUGCGACUCGCGGUGUUGAUUUGUGCAGCGACGAUGACAGCGAUGACUGGGUCCCCAUGACGACGGCGGCGGCGGGUCGUACGGCACCUCGGCGAGGGCAGCCCGGAAUCUCCACCACCACCAGCACUGCUGCUCCCGGCACUGCCCGGCGCCGAGUCAUUCUGGAGGAUAGCAGCCCCGACAGCAGCCCUUCCGGCAUUGUUGGUGUUGGUGUUGGUGGUGCUGCUGGUGACAGUCCUGCCGGCCUGUUCAGCCUCUUCACCCGCGGUGGUGCCUCCGGAGUUCCUCUUGGCGGCAGCGCCAUGAAUAACAACUGCAACAAGGGCGUCGUUAGCACCAAACCUAAUAGCGGUGGCGACGGCAUGUCCCGCGAUCCGUACGAGCUGCCCGAGUCGCCCAGGCCGCCCGAGUCACUCCCGCGGUUUCCAGGUCCCCGCCGGGGCGGCCGCGACAAUGGCAGUGGCAGUAGCGAGCGUGACGGCAGCGGUAAGGGCGGCGAAGCCGGCGGCUUCGAAACUCCCUGGGCUAGGCGUUUGCCGGCGCCCCGGGAUGAGGAGGAAGAUGAAGACGACGACGCGUCAUCCGUAUCUGUGCUGACCAUUGAUGAUGACGAGGACGAGAAUGAGGAGGAGGAGGACGAGCUGCUGCCCCUGCGUACACCCGCACCGCCGCAACUGCCGCUGCCCAACCUGCUGUUUACUACGCCGGGCGCGGGGGAGGGGCGGAAGCAGGGAGGAGGUGGAGGGGGUCGAGGUAGGACGACGCCCACACAGCCGCCGAUGACGACUGACGGAGGCGUCGCAACCGGUCGUGGUGGUGGGGGUGCGGGAGGGAGUACGAUAAAGAAGAGGAAGCCGGAGGGUCCGGAGGCAACGGCGGCAGCGGCUCAGCGGGCCUUCCUGAAGACGCGACCGGUGGUGGCGCAGGAGCUAUACAACAAGUGGAACGCUGCGGUGUUCUCCGGCCAGCUGCCGCCCGACCUGCCGCUCGUGUGGAACCCGCGACUGACCACCACUGCCGGCCAGGUGGUGGCGCGGCCGGAGCUGCUGGGCGCUAGCAGGCGUGUACCCGCCAAGCUGGAGCUCUCCACCCGGCUGAUCGACUGCAUUGAGAAGCUGCACAACACGCUGGCGCAUGAGAUGUGCCACGUGGCGGCCUGGCACCUGAGCCACGAGUACCAGCAGCCCCACGGCCCCGCCUGGGCUGGCUGGGCGCAGAAGUUCAUGCGGCACGACCCCUCCCUCAUCAUCACGCGCACCCACGACUACAAGAUCGAGUACGCGCACCGCUGGGUGUGCACGCACGCUGCAUGCGGCAAGGAGUACGGCCGGCAGCGGCAGACCAUCCGCGUGGGCAAACACGUGUGCGCGGUGUGCCAUGCGCCGCUGCGCUACCUGGGCCGUUUCGACGCACGGGGCAGGCUGGUGGCUCCGGCGAGCGGAGGAGGAGGAGGAGGAGGAGGAGCGGCCGGGGUUGGAGGCGGGGCGGCGGCUGGCACGACUGCCAAGAAGCCUCCCAACGCCUACGCGCUGUUCUGCAAGGAGAACUACGACAGCGUGCGCAAGAGCCUGCCUGCCAAGACGCCCAGCUCCGCCAUCUUCCAGCGCAUGGGCCAGCUGUACCGUUCGGAGCAAGCGCGCAUCGCAGCCGCUGCGGCCGCCGGUGCUGCCGUGCCAGGGGCGGCAGCAGGCGGUGCUGCUGCAGCUAGCCCUGCCAAGACCCCAGCCAGAACCCCCGCUAGAACCCCCGCCAGGCGGACCCCUCGAAGUGGCGGUGGGGGCAGCAGCAGGCGGCGGUCCGGAGUCCUGCGCAGCGGCGGGGCCUCCUCGGGUCGCGGCGUGCGGCGGCUGUCGCGAGAGGUUGAGGAGCUGGUGGUGUCUCGCAUGACGGACCUGACACUGGUGGAGGAGGGAGAGAGCGGGGAGGAAUAGGCCGGCGGCAGCAGCAGUGGGGACGGAGGUGCGAGGUGCGGGCGCCUUGCUUUGGACACGCAGCUCUGGUAGCGGAUGCAGGAGGGCGCUUGAUGUACGGUGUAAGCGGGCGGGCUUGUGUGGGGUGCGCAGCGCGUGGUAGGGGAACAACAAAAGGUGUGCCUCAGCAAGCACAGUGGUGGCUUUGGGGUGGUUCUUUCGUGCGGGCGAGGGUGGUGACCUGGAUGAAAGUGGACACCCUUGGACCACCCUGGCCAGCAGGCUCGGCUAACCUGCAUGCGGCGCAUCACAGGUGAUACGCUGGGCUGAAUGCAGCGUUAAUGAGGUCUGCCACCGACCCCAUGUGAUGGGAGAUAAGGGUCUCGUGGUAGCUAACAACGGGGAUACGGGAAAGAGGGAAUCGGAGCGGGCGCGGGGGAAGUGAGCAUAACAGGCGGGCGAUGGUGAGGGCUGAUGAGGGCCGCGGCUGGCUUGACGAGCGGCGUGUAUAUUAUCGUGCUAGGUUUAUGCAAGCAUCGCACACCCAAAUGCCCCGUGCAGAGUGUGUGUCGCGGCGGGAAGCGGAGCGUGCAGCAAUGGAUGUGAGCUGUGUGUGCUUCGGCACAGUGCUGAGUGCAGGAACGUACUUUCGACGCUGUGUGUGGAAUACGCGGGGUUUUGCAGUGAGGACGCGGCAGGAGACAGGGGUUGUGUGAACCACCGCAACAAGCCACGGCGCUGAGCAUAGGCUUCAGUACCCAUGUUACAAAUGUCGUACGUAGAAUAGGAAAUAGGAUGCAUUGUGUGCAACCGAUCAGUGGUCCUACGGUACCCGCAACGCCUGCUUAAUCGCAGGACAAACACCUUGACAUAUAUAUUCCGUAUCGUAGCAGGCGGCGUGAAGCCAAUGUGUAAACGGUCCAUCAAGCAUGUGGUCACACACAUAACCGUCCUACUUAAUACGGUCCAUGUCUCGGGAGGUCAUCGCUUAUGUACGACAGUAAGCCGGGCUGAACACUAUUACAUGUAAAUAAAGGAUAAGGAAGAAUAAAGAA